AUGACUUCACGAAUUCCAGAAUCUUGUGAUGAACCUGCACAAGAACCAUAUUCCUCUAGAAUCACAUCCAUUAUCAUGAAAAAUAGAUUUCGUAAAAUGAUAUUCCUUGGAGUUAUCAGUUUUAUAAUAUUUUCUGUGAUCUUAACUACAGUUCUUCUCAUUGUUUUUCUCCCGAAAAGUCACAGCGAUUCUUUUGAAACCACGACUCCCUCACAUUCUUCUUCCACUACGACAAACCCUUUUGACCGUACUGAUUGCUCACCAAAUCAGAAUUCAACCUUUUACUUUGCGUAUUCCAAUGAUCUGACACCCGAUCAAGUUUUGAACACGUCGCACACUCUCAUAACUAACUUUCGAAACUCCUAUGAUAUAUAUUCAUACGCUCGAUUUGAUGUGAACUCGAAUUUUAUCUAUAGUUAUUAUUCCAGUAACUUCAAGGCUAUUGAAGACGGCAUCAAAAGUGAUCUCCCAAAGGCAACAGAGUCCUAUCCAAGUUAUUAUUUUGGAAUAGCAGCUGAAGUCAGAUCAACCGGAUCUGUCACUCUUCCAGUCUUCAAUGCUCCGUUGGAAGGAGACUACCACAUUUGCAUGACUCUCCAAGACCAUGGCGGCUUGGGCAAAUUCAAAAUGGUUCAUUUAAAAUGGAACAACAGGGACUCAUCAAGUUCAGGAUUCCUUGAAGAAACUGUGGAAUCACAUGCUGCUAUAUAUGGUGAAACUACGUACAUCAGAAAAGGGCCGUACACAUUGGAUGAUGUCCCUUAUAGCAUGACACUUGGAUUCGAGUACUCAGAUGACGAAAUCAAUAUUCUUCAGAUCAGAAUAUACAGUGUUAGAGCCGUCGACUUCUGGGUUCCAUACAUCAAUUGA